AUUAUUAUUAUUUAAUCGUUGAUUAUUACUAUUCCUUGGUGCAGCAGGUCCACCAAGAGCAGGCAAGUGCCAACCUCUCCAGGUGCCCCUUGCUGAGCUUCCAGUCCUCAGUCCAUCCUUUUGGGACACUUUUGGGGGGAAGAUCCCUGCCCCACUUUGCCUGCCCCCAACUCCUCCAGGCAGGAAUGGGUUAAGCCCAGGCGAUGAUCGCAGCCCCUUUUUGUGUCAUUGAAUCAGGAGAAGGAAAAAGCAACUCAGCCCAGGCAGAGAGAGAUAAACCUCCUUCGCCUCCGCUUCACUUCUGCCUCUGGAAAAGAAAAGAAAGAAAGAAAGAAAGAAAGAAAGAAAGAAAGAAAGAAAGACUGGCCAAGUUGGUGGCUACCUGGGCAAAGAUCUACCUGGGUACUCAUAGGUCUAGAAGGAAACAGGAGGGCAGAGAUCUAGGGAUCUGUGGGUCAGGGUGGGAUCUCGGUUAGAUCUAUAGGAAAGCAUUGUAUCUGGAGGGAACAAGGGGACAGGGUUAGCUCUAGGGAUCAGGGGAGCAAGGUGGGAUCUAGGAGAAUUGCAAGGUUAGAUCUAGGGAUCAGUGGGAAACAGUUGGAUCUGGGGGAAAUAGGAGGGCAAGGUUAGAUCUAGGAAUUGGGAUCAAGAUAGGAUCUGGGGAAACAAUAAGGCAGAGUUAGAUCUAGAGAUCUGAGGGUCAGGGUGGGAUCUGGGGGAAUUGCAAAACAGGGUUACAUCUAGGGAUCAGUGGGAAAGAGUUGGGUCUGGGAGGAAUAGGAGGACAGGGUUAGAUCUAGGAUCAGGGGAGCAAGGUGGGAUCUGGGGGGCAAUAAGGUAGGAUUAGAUCUAGAGAUCAGUGGAUCAGGGUGGGAUCUGGGGGAACAGCAGGACAGGAGUACAUCAGGGUUGGAUCUGGAGGGGACAUCGAGGCAAGGUUAGAUUUAGGGAUCAGUGGAGCAGGAUUAUGUCUGACGGAACAGGAGGGCAGAGUUAGAUCUAGGGAUCAGGGUUAGAUCUGGGGCUAAUAACAAGGCAGGGGUAGAUCUAAGGAACAGUGGAGCAGGAUUGGAUCUCAGGGAAACACCAAGGCAGGGCUACAUCUGAGGAUCAAUAGAACAGGGUUAGAUCUGCGGGUACAGUAUUGGUAUAGCCAGAUAUGGAGAUUGGUAAACUUGGUUAGAUCUGGAUGACAGCAGAGUUGGGUUGGAUGUGGGGGGGCACCAUAGGGCAGGGCUAGACCUGAGGCUAGGAUUCAACCUGGAGGGACUUAGGACCAGCCUUGGCAGGGUUUAUGAAGUGCCAGCGGUGCCUGGGCCAGAGGAAAACUCUGGUGGGGCUGAGAGGUUGCUGAGGAGGGGGGAAAGGGGGCAGGAAGGGAGAAGUGGUUGAGUUUUCCCAAAAGAUACAAUGCAGGGGGGAUAGCCGAGCAAGUGGGGAGCAGUCCAGAUUUCUUGAAGUUUUGGGGGAGCCUUGCUUUUGCUAGUGAAGAUUUCAGAAAGGUGAGGGCCAGAUUUGGGCCGUUUCUUGGCAGGUGGCCCAUGGGGGGCAGGACGGUGCCCCCAUUUCUGGGUCCUCCUGAGGCAACAGAAGCCAAAGGAAUUCCCAAAGGAGAGGUGAGGGGGCAACAUUUGGACCCGCUUCGGGGAUUGAGGCCCGGGGCCCUUCAAGGAGGUGCAGAAGUUGGUGAGUUGCGACCCUGUUGGGAGAUGCCGCCAUGUUGGCCAUGCGCCAUUGGCCAAGUCCUGUGGUGGCUCCUGGUGUCCCUUUCCCAGCUGGACAUAGCGGCCGCAGCCAACUUGACCAUUGCGGUGGUGCUGCCUGAGCACAACACGACCUAUCCGUGGGCUUGGCCCCGGGUUGGUCCAGCCAUCAAGUUGGCCAUCCGGAAAGUCAACGCUCAGCCGGACCUUCUCCCUGGCUACACCGUCCAGUUGGCUUUUGGCACCAGUGAGGACCACAACGGGGUCUGCUCUGACUCCAUUGCACCGCUGUCAGCAGUGGACAUGAAAAUGGGGCUCGACCCAGACGUUUUCAUGGGCCCUGGCUGUGUCUACACCUCGGCUCCUGUGGCCCGCUUCACCCGCCAUUGGGGCCUGCCCUUGGUGACUGCCGCGGCCGAGGCCAUUGGUUUUGGAAGCAAAGACGCGGAGUAUGCCUUGACCACCCGCACCGGGCCCAGCCACAACAAACUGGGUGAAUUUGGGAUGCGCCUUAGCCGGUUUUUCAACUGGACCAGUCGGGCCAUGUUGCUCUACUGGGACAACAACGUCGGUGACCGUCGGUGCUAUUUCACCAUGGAGGGGCUGUAUGUGAAACUACCACCCUUGAACAUCACCGUGGAAGCCCUUCCUUUCCAGGAGAGAAACUACACCGCCUUGAUCCGUGACAUCAAGCAAAAGGCCCGCAUUGUGUACGUCUGCUGUUCCCCUGAGAUUUUCCAUGAGCUUAUGGUCCAUGCCCACCACGAGGGUCUCACCACGGGCGACUAUGCCUUCUUCUACAUCGACCUCUUUGCGGAGAGCCUGCAGAGCUCCCAUUUUCCUGACCGGCGGCAUCCUUGGCAGCGUGGGGAUGGGAACGAUGCCAUCGCUCGCGAGGCUUACAAGGCUGUGAUGAUCAUCACAUACGCUGAACCCACAAAUCCUGAAUACCGGCCGUUCCUUGAGGAGAUCAAGCAGGCAGCCCAGGAACAGCACAACUUCACCAUGCAAGAGGAGCUGAAAAACUUCAUUGCUGCUGCCUUCCACGAUGGAGUAAUGCUUUAUGCCCAAGCUGCGAACGAGACUUUGCAACUGGAGGGCUCCAUUUCCAAUGCCACAGUCAUCACCCAUCAGAUGUGGAACCGCACUUUCUAUGGGGUCACUGGGCUCCUAAGGAUCGAUCAGAAUGGUGACCGGGAAACAGACUAUUCCCUCUGGGACAUGGACCCUAAAUCGGGGGAAUUUGAGAUUGUUGCUGAUUACAAUGGGACCACCAAGAAAAUUCAGAUGGUUUCCGGAAAGAGCAUCCAUUGGCCAGGAAACUCCAUUCCCAGAGAUGUGCCAUUCUGCGGUUUUGAGAACAGCAAUCCAGCUUGUCAUAAAGCCUCCUUCUCCUUGCUGGAGAUCCUGUCCCUGGGGAUGACCCUCUUCCUUUCCAUCAUCAUCAUUGCUGCCUUCUUUGUCUACAGGAAAAUGAAACUGGAGAAAGAUCUGGCGUCAGAGCUGUGGCGCAUCCACUGGGAGGAUGUCCAGUCGAGCAACUUGGAGAAGAAUUUGCGCAGCAUGGGCAGCAAGCUCACUCUCUCGCUGAGAGGUUCGAACUACGGCUCCCUGCUCACCACAGAAGGACAGUUCCAGGUCUACGCCAAGACAGCGUAUUACAAAGGCAACCUUGUGGCCAUCAAGCACGUGAGCCGGAAGCGCAUUGAUCUGACACGGAAUGUGCUCUUUGAGCUGAAACACAUGCGGGACGUUCAAAACAAGCACCUGACGCGUUUCAUCGGAGCCUGCAUCGAUCCCCCAAAUAUUUGCAUCCUGACAGAGUACUGCACUCGUGGGAGUCUCCAGGAUAUCCUGGAGAAUGACAGCAUCACCUUAGAUUGGAUGUUCCGCUAUUCGCUCACCAGUGAUAUUGUCAAGGGCAUGCUCUUCCUCCACAACAGCGCUAUCUGCUCUCAUGGCAGUCUGAAGUCCUCCAAUUGCGUCGUGGACAGCCGCUUCGUGCUGAAGAUCACAGACUACGGACUGGCGAGCUUCCGCCAGGCCCCUGAAACAGAUGACUCACAUGCCCUCUUUGCCAAGAAACUGUGGACGGCCCCUGAGCUCUUGCGUAUGGAGGUGGCACCCCCAGCAGGGACCCAAAAAGGUGAUGUCUAUAGCUUUGGGAUUAUUCUGCAAGAGAUUGCUCUGCGGAAUAGCGUCUUCUAUGUGGACGGCAUGGACCUGAGCCCCAAAGAGAUCAUUGAGCGAGUGAAGAGGGGUGAGCACCCGCCUUUCCGCCCUUCGGUCAACUUGCCCCCCAACCUUGAGGAGGUGGUGCUCCUCAUGCAGCGGUGCUGGGCUGAAGACCCCCAGGAGCGCCCCGACUUCCAUCACAUCAAGGCCAUGUUGCGGAAGUUCGACAGGGAAAACAGCUGCAAUCUCCUGGAUUCGUUGCUGUCGCGUAUGGAGCAGUAUGCCAACAACCUGGAGGAACUGGUGGAAGAGCGGACGCAAGCCUACCUGGAGGAGAAGCGCAAGGCAGAGGUCCUGCUUUACCAGAUUUUGCCCCACUCAGUGGCAGAGCAGCUGAAACGGGGGGAGACAGUGCAAGCGGAGGCAUUUGACAGCGUCACCAUUUAUUUCAGUGACAUUGUGGGGUUCACCGCCUUGUCAGCGGAGAGUACCCCCAUGCAGGUGGUGGCUCUGCUCAAUGAUUUGUAUACCUGCUUCGAUGCAAUCAUAGAUAACUUUGACGUCUACAAGGUAGAGACCAUUGGAGAUGCGUACAUGGUGGUAUCGGGCCUGCCAGUUCGCAAUGGCAGGCUGCAUGCCCGCGAAGUCUCCCGCAUGUCACUAGCACUCCUUGAGGCCGUCCGUAACUUCAAGAUCCGCCACCGGCCCGAUCAGCAGCUCAAACUGCGGAUCGGGAUCCACAGUGGUCCAGUCUGUGCAGGGGUUGUGGGCCUAAAAAUGCCUCGCUAUUGCCUCUUUGGGGACACUGUCAACACAGCCUCGCGCAUGGAAUCCAAUGGAGAAGCUCUGAAGAUUCACUUGUCCUGUGCCACCAAAUCCAUUUUGGAAGAGUUUGGCUGCUUCGAAUUGGAGCUUCGAGGAGAUGUGGAGAUGAAGGGCAAGGGAAAACUGCGGACCUACUGGUUGGUGGGCGAACGGGUCAGCAGCACCCGGGGAUGAGGAGAAAAGGUCCUCCACUUUGAAGGCAGGAGGCUUUGUCCUCUUCCUGACUUCAAGGGCAUCUUCUGUACCAGCAGAGGUUCUCUUCAAUGAAGCCUCAGCCUGAGGUUCGGGGGGAAUCCCGGACUGAGCCCCCAGGAUACCACUGCUCUGGGUCCCCCUGUUUUUACCAUGGGAUUUUUGAGCACAAGAUGCCCCUCAAAAUCUGACUCAGAUCUACUUUGCGAGCUCCAAAGACUUAAGGGAACUAUGGUAUUCUUCUCACCUGCACCUAAUGCACUCUGGACUGCCAUACUCUCAUUGUCCCGCUAAGGGCUGGGCAUCAGAAAUGGCUUAGACACUGAGCAUCUCUUUGGACCGCGCCGUUAUCUCCUGUGCAUACACCCCACGCCCUUCUUGUUCCCAGGACAUUUUAGAUUUUAUAAUAAAAUGGAAAUAUCACCGGAUGCUUUGCAUGAAUCUCAAACAGAG